AUCUUAUAUUUUUUCCGAAUUUUUUUCUAUUGUCAAAUUUUUUAAAUUAUAAUUUUUAAAUUCAUUUUUUAAAUGAAAAUUAUUAAUUGUUAUAUUUUUUUAAUUCAUUUUAUAUAUAAAUUGAUAAAAAUUAUAUUAAAAAAAUGUUAUUAAAUCUCGAUAAUUUCAUGAAGAGAGAGAAAAAAAGAGAAACAAUAAUUUAUACAAAACGAAAUGUUAAUAUUUAUAGGUACAUGGUUCAAAAGCAGAAAGAUACGAUCCUGAAAACUCGUUGCAAAGUUUCUGUACAGCGUCAUAUAGCAGAUGCGCGUGUGUGAUGUGAGGAACUGAUUGGGAAUGGUCAAAGUGAUCGCAAAGCAAAUGACGGCCAUAGUGAAGGUAAAAAGUAUGAUUAAAGAAAUGUGACGAACUGCAUAUAUAAAUAUCGGAUAUUUUUAAUAAUAAUAGCAAUUAUUAAUCUAAUUUUUAAUAUUUACGUUUUUAUUACACUAUGUACUCCCGUGCUUUAAGUGUUUUAUUCCAGAUAUCCCAUAAGAUACAAUGUAGAUAUACAAAAAUGAUGUGCAUGUGUGCGCGCGCGCCAGAAAACGAACGAAAAGCGAGGCACGUGUGACCGGUAAUGAGAGUGUACGAGUCAAAGUAAACGGUUUGAUUGGUCGACGAAAACGUGUGCCCCUACGACUGUUUCGUGAUUUCGCCGUAACUGUGAGCGCGGUGUGCGCAGUGCGCUCCCCACCGCGUGCGCGCAGUGUGUAACCCCCGCGACCGCCAUCUUUGUCAAGUGGGUAACCUUUGUUGAUUUGUGUGAAAUGUGACGCCGUUGUCGCGAGAUAAUUAGUGAUCGUGAUUGAAUAUCCUGUGUACGAGUAUCUAGUGAUCUGUGUGGAUUUCACUGUGGAUUUAUACAUGGAAUUACUAGGAUCAGGUAAAGCAAUUAGUCUUUCGUUAUACCUUACAAGAGAACCACGCGAAUUAUCAUCGGACGCAUACGGGCUAGCGGGUCGGGCCGCCAGUUCGUGAAAGAGUGAGAGGGAGAGAGAGUGAAUGUAUAAUAGAGUGCAAAAGAGAGAAGAAGAUAAUUUUCUAUACGCAGUGUUUCUCCUUACUUGUUCUCGAUAAUUUUUUUCGUACUAUGGUUGAACAAGUGUAUUAUCGAAUGAAAUUAACGUGUCAGGCGUUUCUUCGUAAAAAUAAACAGUACGAUGUUGUAAUUAAAAGAUUAUUCUUGCGCGCGAAAAAUUGUGCGAAACAGCGGAGAGUUGACCGUGCCUACCCAAGAUGGCUGCCCGUCGGGCUUCGAGAAAUUUGUGUCCUUAUUGUCUACUUGGACACGUAAUUGAAUCGUCUUAUAUUUUUUUUAAUUAUUAUCGUGCACAAAAUAUCUAAGCAAGAAGUAUUGAAAAUUUAGUGUUUUAAUAUAAUUACGAUUAAUUGUUAGAUGAUAGACAGUAGCAUUAGCUGUGACUUUGUGGGCGACGGCCGUCGCGAUUUACUACGUUUACUAGUUAUACAAAGUGUUUUUUUUUUUACAAAAAACGUGAUUUAUAACAAUUUGUAGCAGUUAUUUCUGCUUGAAAAACGUCAGACAAGAUUUUCGAUUUGCAUGGAAGUACGUGUUUCAAGUUAAAAUUAUAAAUUGGCUAUGAUUAAGAUUAAAAUGGCUACCGACGGUAACCAGUUGGUGAUUAUUAGCAAACAUAUCUUUCAGGAUCAGCAUAAAAAAUAUAAUGUGACCUUGGAAUGGAGAUGUGAAGCAACUCGUACGAAAAUCCUGCAUGCUAAAGGCGCAGAAUGUGAGUGUCAUAAGCUCUGCUCGUAAAAAUUAACUCGUAGACAGUCGAGCAUUGUUCAUCGGGUGUGUAUAACCUGGCCUGGUACGUGAUUGUCGUCGCCGGUGUCGCCGCCGCCGCUUUCGUCGGCAGACGGCCGACGGAGACGAGAAAUGGACGAACCCGAGUCCGCUGACACGUGGUCGGCCUGGUUCCUGGACGCGAUCCGAAAAAUACGCAGCCAGAAACAGAGGCCGAGUGUCGAGCGGAUAUGUCACGCGAUUCGACAACACCAUAAUUAUCACGAGGAGGAAAUCGCUGAACACCUGGAAGUUGCUGUAAAACGUGGCGAUGUGCUCAAGAUCUUUAAUAAAGGACAAUCAUCGUACAAAGAUCCUGGUGGGUUACAGUCGAAACCGCUCAAGGUUGGCAAGGCCUCCGAUCUUAGUAAAGUACUGGGUAAGGCUGUUAGAGAAUUGGGAGAAAGGGAGGGAUCAACUCUGAAGAACAUCGAAAAAUACAUCAGACAAAGUCAUACAGUUGAGGAAGAAGCGGAAGGUGAUUUGAGAACAGCGCUUAGACUAUCUGCUAAAAGAGCAGUCGAUCGAGGACUUGUGAUACAGGAUGGUAGACUUUUUCGGCAACCGGAUAGGCCACCUUAUCUUAAAAAACAUGGAGAAAACGCUCAUAUUGUGCCACCGGAGCCCCCUGUACAUAAGUUGCCAGCUCCAUUACCGAUAUGCAGAGAAUGUCUUGGCGCGACGAUAGCUGGAAAUAAUAAUAAUACAAAACGCAAUGUUUCCGAAAAACUGAGCAGAUGUAGUGUAUGCGGUGCAGCUUUACAUAAUUCUUGCGCACCACCUGAACUUUCGAAUCUUGUUGAAAGGGGUAUAACGUGGUCUUGCGAUGACUGCUCUCCAACAUGUGCCGGUUGCCAGUUAGAACGGGAAUCACAGAAUUAUCUAGUGAAAUGUUCCGGUUGCGUCAAAUGUUACCAUCCUACUUGUCUAGAUCCAGCAAUUGAUAAAAAGAAUAAAAUACCCUGGAAAUGUCGACAUUGUCAAACACCGCAUACACCGGUAUCAAAAGAUGAUAAUAAAAAGAAUAAAAUACAACAGGACACGGCAAAUUCGCUCGAAGAGACACCGACCAAUGCAAGAAAGAGACUUAGCAAAUUACGCGAGAGUAGAAAAUCCACGAUAUCGAGAAAGAGCCUGACGAUUUCAACUCCGGUGAAGAAAGCUGGCGCAGGAGUGGGACAGGUGGACAGCAGCUCGGACGGUAAUGCGGGUGUUGUCUCCCCUCGUCAACCACCUUUGAUUUCCUCUCCCUUACCACAACCCCCCACCCCACUCGCAGGCCAGGGUAGGCUACUUGAAGAAAAAAACGAUCGGAUUUCCAAAGAGAAGCAAAAAUUUUUUAGACUGAGUGCAUUUAAUGCGGAGCACAAUAAAUUGAAGCGGGUGGGGGGCAGUGAAAAAUUAAAAUGUUCUCAGAACGUUAGUCCUAGGUUAACUCGGGGAAACGCGAACCAAAAACAACCCAUAUCCAGUAAAAAGGUACUGCUAAUGUCUAGCAGUAGCAGCAGCAGCGACGCGACCGAUACUGAUUCUUCCGACGACACCAGUGAUUCGACCGACGAUGACAAUGAAGAAGAGGAGGGAGCAGUCAGGAAUGGGGUCAGGGAGGGGGGAGAAGAGGAAGAGGAGGUGGACGGUAAUAAUUCUAGCGCAUCCAACGAUUCGUCCACCUCGGAAGAAGACAAUGACGACGACAACGACGACGACAACGACGAUAACGAUGACGAUGAAGACGACAACGAUGACGACGACGAUGUCGAUAACGAUAAUCAGAAAAAAUGUUCUGUCGUUAUUGAAGGUGGUAAUGAUGGCGGUGACAGUACCAUUAUCAAUGCCUCUCCUAAACUGAGAGGUCCGUUUUCAUGUGAUUUAAACGAAGAUAAACCUUGGGGUUUUGCCGCGGCCGCAGCUAAGCUCAACAUGGAAUCGCCAUUUUUUAGUAAUAUUACCAAUACCUUUGGUGCACCGUUACCUAAACUCGAUGUAACUAGUACAUCGACAUUCGGAUUACCGGUUAUCAAUUCGUUUGAUGGGAAGAAAAAACAGAAAAGCAAUAGGAAUGGUAGUGCUAUAUCAGAGAGUUUUAAUAAUAUGGACGUAAACAAAAUUAAACCUGGCACUGGUCAAUUAAAAGGUCUAUUCGAUGGACUAAGUCACUUUUUUUCAGUACCUACUAACAGUAGAGUAAGAUCCAGUGCUUUGACGCCUAAUUAUGCGCCUGAUAGAAGAAAGCGACCUAAUUCGGAUGAUAGUGAUAACAAGACCAGUAAAGUUUUAAAAGGAAUGCAAAUUAAUAAGAAUGACAAUCUAUCGUCUGAUUUAGGCAAAUUAAAAGAAAAAAAGAAGACAGAGACAAAGAACGAUAUAACGAGAAUUCCUCGGCCUGGAAUAUUUACACCUUCUGAUGAAACGUUGUUUAAUUCUCUUAAUGAAAAAAUGCCAAAAAUGACGCCGUCGAAUUUGGUUAAAACCGCGGUUAAUAGUAAGAGGCACGAACACGAGAGAAGAAAGCUAAUGAAAGAUGAUACGCCAUUAAUAAAAUGUGCAACUGCGACAGAUGCAUCUUUACCAUCAUUCCCAUCACCGUUAUUAUCAUCGUCAUCGUCCUCGUCCUCGUCGUCGUCGUCAUCGUCGUCGUCAUCGUCGUCGUCAUCGUCGAUGUCGUCAUCAUCGUCAUUAUCGUCAUCGUCGACAUUUCCGUUACCAUUACCGUUACCAUUACCGUUAUCAUUAUCGUCACCCUUACCAUUAACGUUACCGUUACCGUUACAAUCAUCAUUAUCGUCGUCGUCGUCUUCUUCGUCGUCGUCGUCGUCGUCGUCGUCGUCGUCGUCGUCGUCGUCGUCGUCGUCGUCGUCGUCGUCGUCAUCGUCGUCGUCGUCGUCGUCGUCGUCCUCGUCGUCGUCGUCGUCGUCGUCGUCAUCGUCGUCGCCAUCAUCAUCAUCAUCAUCAUCAUUAUCAUCAUCAUCAUCAUCGCCGCCAUCAGCAUUACCAUUAUCGUCGCUUUCGUCAUCAUCAUCGUCAAUAUCAUCGUCAUCAUCAUCAUUGCCAUCGAUGUCAGCUCUUAGGCCCGAUCAAUCUUCGCGAAAGAAAAAUAUUCUUGUGGAAGUGAAUCAAACACGCCACCCUGUGCCCGCUGUUUCGAGGUCCGGCCUGAGUUCUGAUUCCGUGAAAUCAAAUCCCAGCCUAAAGUCCAAUCCACGAGCCUGUACUAGCGCCACCACCACCAACACCACCACGACACCCCGCGCGACACCCUGCUCCACCAGGAAGGAGGAACCAAUUCUACCUCAAUCUCUACCGCCGGGUGUCACACAAAAGGAUGUUGAUCUGUUUAAAGAAGCCCGAGAUAGAGCAGCUCGAUUAACUAUUGUGAAUAAUACCGAGGAAACUGUGACAGUGAAUCCAGGAAACAAUACGAGCAAUACGGGAAAUACUGGGAAUGGUAUUAGGAAUCCCGCGGCCAUAGUUUUUGGUCGAUAUGAAGUAGAGACAUGGUAUUCCAGUCCAUUUCCCCAAGAAUACGCAAGAUUACCUAAAUUAUUCUUCUGUGAAUUUUGUUUAAAAUAUACAAAAAGUCGGGCCGUGCUUGACAGGCAUAUGGAUAAAUGCCAAUGGAGACAUCCACCGGCUACUGAAAUCUACAGAUGUGACGGAUUAUCUGUUUUUGAGAUCGAUGGAAACGUGAAUAAGAUAUAUUGUCAAAAUUUGUGUCUAUUAGCGAAAUUAUUCUUGGAUCAUAAGACGCUAUACUACGAUGUAGAACCAUUUUUAUUUUACGCAGUAACAAAAAAUGAUAAAUAUGGUUGUCAUUUAGUUGGUUAUUUUAGCAAAGAGAAACAUUGUCCCGCGCAAAGAUACAAUGUGUCAUGUAUUAUGACUUUACCGCAAUAUCAAAGACAAGGAUUCGGAAGAUUUUUGAUUGAAUUUAGUUAUCUACUGUCUAAAGUGGAAGGAAUUCCUGGGACGCCGGAGAAACCACUAUCUGAUCUUGGCCGAGUAUCGUAUCAUUCAUUUUGGAAAAGCGUAGUUCUUGAAUAUCUCGAUACUCACAGAGAUUCAACAGAUAUUAAAUUAGGAGAUAUAACAAAGGAGACUGGUGUGUCAGCUCACGAUAUCGCAACUGCUAUGCAAUUGCUGGGAUUUGUUAGAUCGGUCCAUUUACCGGGAGAGGGAAAUUCUAAAGUAGCUGUGGUAGUCGAUUGGAGUAAAGUGGAUGCUCAUAUGGCGAAAGUACGAAAGAGUUCCCGUAUCAAAUUAGAUCCUGAUUGUCUUAGAUGGAUACCAUUGCUCACGCAAAUUCCUAAUCCAUAUCAAAGUCCGGAAGAAAGCGGUGAUACCAGUUCCGAGUCCUCUCCCGUCGUGGAACCGAAACAUGUACCAACUAUCGUUGAAAAAAUUCAAAAAGUAAAGAUUAAAAAGAAACCGAGGAGUAGAAGAUUAGGACAGAGAAGAUCUUCACCGCUGAAACAAAAAACGGGUCAAAAAUCUUCCACGCAAAAAGAUUCUUUUACCAAAGAUGCGAAAGAACCAAAAGAAAUAAAAGCAACAAAAGAAGCGAAGGAAGCAAAGGAAUCGAACGAAGCGAAAGAAGUAAAUAAAGAUACGGAAAAAAGGAAUCGAAAUAUUGUUGUCGCCACUGCAUCGGUAGAAAAUAUUAAAGAACAGAUGGUAGUAGAAGCAAAAAAUGUUGCAUCAACAUCAUUGAGAAAUUCUCGAGCAAUGGCUAUUUCAAAAAAUACAAAUCUGAUAAAUUCGACGAAAGCAAUAUCCUUGUCGGCGACAGGAUCAACAAUGACGACAACAACGACGAUUACUACAUCCACCACCACCACCACCACCACUACCACCACAGUAGUAACGAUGACUACAGCAACGACAACGAUGUCGAGACGGAGAAUCAGAACACCGAAAAUAUCUCGUUAUGACGGAGAAUCGGUAAUAACGUCGACAACAUCUAUGCGAAAACGAAAACAUUCCGAGAAACCAGAGAUCGAAGAAAAAGAAGAGAAGUCUGAAGGCAGCUGUAGAAAAAGGACACGGGAAUCUUUGCGAGAGAAAGAAAGAGAUAAGGAACGAGAAAAGGAAAAAGAAAAAAUAAAAGAACGGGAUAAGCCAAAGGAUAAAGAUAGUUACUCGAAAGAUAAAGAAAAGAACGAUAUAACUGAAAUAGAAAAGUUUUCUUCAAAAGCGAUGGAACCGAUAAUGUCAUCGGUAGUACAAAAGCCGACGAAAAAGCAGUGCAAAGUCGAUGAUAUUUUGUUAAAAGUGACCAGUCGGCAAACUAAAUGCUUACAAACGAAGCAAGCGAAAGAAAAGAAACAGAAUAGUUCGGAACAGAAUCAGUGUAAUGGAAAAGACGAUACAAAAGAUAUGUUGAAAACUUUACCAGUAUCGAGACGGGGAAGGGCAAAAGUUGAGAAAGAAGCAUUAAAAAUGCCGCAAUUGAAACCGCAACCUCCUACAAAAGAUCGAUCCGAAAAUCCUGUGAUACUUCCACCAUUGUUAUCCCCUUCAUCAUGUUCUGAAGAGAAGAACGAUUCUAUUUUAACGAGCAAAAGACAACAAUCGUCUCCCGCCUUGGAACAAUUAUCGAUAGUCUCUACGGAAAAAGAAAUUGAUAAUACAACGGAAAAAUUAGUUAAUAGCAAUAAUAAUACACUGGAAAAUGCCGAUGAUAGUAAUACUGAUGUCUCAAAGAAUGCUUCAGCCGUUCUUCCGGAAACAGAAGUAACAAUAUCUGCUAGUCCAGGAGAAUACGAAGGAGGAGAUGAAGAUGAAGGCGAAGAAGAAGUACCUGCACUUAAAUCGAAAUCCGUAACUCGCAUGAAAAAUGAUUCAAACGAAAGAACUGAAAAUACAAAAGAUAAUGAACAAGAAAAGAAACUCGAGAAUGUUGAUAUCAUUCUCUCUUUACAAAAACCGAAAUCGGAAUCAGAAUUAUGUGUUAUAGAAGAAGAGAUACAGAGGAAAGGUAAGGGUGAAAACAUAAGUAAAGAUAAUGACGAGGGUGAAGGUGAAGAUGAAGGCAAAAACAAAAAUGAGAAUGAGAAUGAAAAUGAAAAUGAAAAUGAGAAUCAGAAUAAAAAUGAAAACGAAAACGAAAACGAAAAUGAAAAUGAAAAUGAAAAUGAAAAUGAAAAUGAAAAUGGAAAUGGAAAUGAAAACGAAAACGAAAAAGAAAACGAAAACGAAAACGAAAAUGAAAACGAAAACGAAAAUGAAAACGAAAACGAAAACGAAAAUGAAAAUGAAAACGAAAAUGAAAACGAAAACGAAAAUGAAAACGAAAACGAAAAUGAAAAUGGAAAUGAAAACGAAAACGAAAAUGAAAAUGAAAAUGAAAAUGAAAAUGAAAAUGAAAAUGAAAACAAAAACGAAAAUGAAAAUGAAAACGGAAACGGAAAUGAAAGUGAAAAUGAACGUGAAGGAGCGCAAGCAAGAAAAAAGAAGGAGAAACAAAAUGAAGUUACGAAAGAAGAAUUUGAUAAAGAUUUAGAAAAAUCUGAAAAAACAAUGUGUAAUUCAGAAACAUCUAAAUUGGUACCUGACCUUUCUUCGCCUAAACAAGAAGAAAUUGAAAAAUUUAAAACUGUUGGUCAAGAUGUAAAUAGUUAUAGACAAGUUGAUGGAAUUUCUGAAAGAUUAAUGUUAAAAAGUUCAAAAGAAGAAUUGACGAGACCAAAGAUAGAAACAUGUUGUGCAACAUCUACGGAUAAUAGAAAAGAAUCAUCUGUGAUUUCUAAUUUAGCAUCACCCGAAACAGGACCACUUACGCCGCAAGAAAAAAUUUUGCCCGUUAUCGAACAACAAGAAACUACUGUUCAUCUUCAAACACACUCCGAAGAAUUGAAACAAAAUUCACCCGAAAGUGGUAAAACCACACCACAUUUGGAUAAUCCUGGUUCUGUAAAACGAACGCCUCCUUCGCAACCAGAUUUACCAUCUAUGGGAGUUUAUACACCUGAUUCAACAACGAAUUCAGUUCAUUCGUUGCAUUAUGGUCAUUGUGAUUUAGAUGUGAGUCAAUUAGGAUUAGAGUCUCCUACAUCGAUCGCAAGUGAUCUUGCGUCACAAAAUAGCGUGGAAAGGCCACCUAGUGCAUUACCUUCGAUGCCAGCAUCGGUUACGGUUCCAAUUUCAGUACCUAUGCAAAUAACUCCGGCUACGUCCGCUGGUGUAAAUAUAUCGCCGCAAGUACAAUAUACUGAUUGUUCGAUGCCUCAACAUACUCCACCAACGCACGUUAAUAUCCAUCCGAUGCAUCAGCCUCAUACACCUCAAUCUCUUCAGCAGCCGCGAACUCCGCAAUCUCACACGCCUCAAAGUAUACAAACGCAAAGUCCACAACCUAUUCCGCAAAGUCAUACGCCGCAACCGUUACCUCAAUCUCAUACCCCGCAACCUCUUUCGCAAUCUCAUACACCGCAAAGUAUACCGACGCAAAGUCCUCAACCGAUGCGACAAAGUCAUACACCGCAACCGAUGCAAUUAUCUUUGACUCAACAAACUCAAAAUCAAAGUAUGGCACAUGGUCAAAACCAGCAACAAUCUCAAGGACAACAACAAUCUGCACAUCAACAACAACAAUCACAAACGCAAUCUCAUAGUAACAAAAGAGCUAGUGGUUCACAAACGACUCAUAGAUCUAGAUCUACACAGCAAAGUAGCCGAUCCCAUCGAACGACACCUCCUACGUCUCAUGCUCAAGUAUCUUCGCAAGGUCACACCACCUCUCACACGAGUCACACAACCUCCCACACGAGCCAUACGACGGUUGCACAUACGACGCAUGUACCUCCGCAAUAUCAACAAUCCUCGUCAAUGAGUGUACCACCUGUUCCUCAUCCGCAUCCUCAUUCUCACACGCAUGCUGCUCAUUCACACAAUAUGGCUGUUAUUUCUCAAGGGAAUUAUAUGGCUGUUGCUUCUCAAACUUUUCCAACGCAAAAUACAUACGUAAUUCAACAUCGAAGUAGCAGAUCUGGUGCACCGACGCCAUGUACUACAGCGACAAAUUUUUAUAUUCAAACAAGCGCGAUGCCACCGCAUUCGCAUACACCAGCACCUUCUCUCUCAGCUUCUGGAAAUCAUCAAACAACAAAUUCGUGCAGUUUAGCAAAAUUACAACAAUUGACUAAUGGAUUAGAAAUGAUUCCUCCUACGCCUCCUCCAGCGAUGAAUUUAACGCCACCACCUCCUAUACCACACACUAUGACACCACCGCAAACGUCGAGACAAUUACCGACACCACCUCAAGUACCUCUUGGUUAUGCAAAAAAUUAUUAUAAUGUCAACACAGUACCACCUACUACUCCAGGACCACCCAGUAGAUCAACCUCAAGAUCAUCGGCAAAUGCAAAUAUGGCAUCUCUUGCACAACCAUACCCAAGCGAAAGCUUAUAUCGUCAAACUCUUGAUCCUGGAAGUACAUGUCCUCAAAUGCAGAGCGCCGCUAGUAGAGUUAGUCCUAAUGUGGCAUUGAAUACAAAUCUUAUGGCUCAAUAUGGUUAUCGAGUAGCACAACCUGCUACCGGUUACAUGAAUCAAGCGGCUCAACUUGGUGGUUUCAUGAAUCAAGCCAGCCAAUUGCCUGUUGGAGUCGUUAAUGUACCUGCACCGUAUCCUCAAGAUCCGCAUCAACAAAAUCCAGCAGCAGUGUAUACAACGUAUCACGGUUACAUAAAUGGAGGUCUCAUGCAACCUCUGAAUAGUUCGAUGAGGCCACGUUAGCCCCAAACAUCUAAACGCACAUUCUCUUACUUGCAAUAACGACACUUCGAUUAAAGGGAGGAUUUCCACAUAUUGCGGUUCAUCAAUUUAUAAUGAUUGUUUCAUCUUGGCGAUUAAUGCUCUCUUCUAUUCUAUACGAACUCUGGUAAAUAUUAUUUAUUAGAGAAAUAUUCUUUAUUUUCUUGCAUUUAGCUUCCAUUUUUAUUAUUUAAAAUAAUUAUAAUUCUAAUAACUAAAUUUUUUUUUUCUCUAUGAAUAUUUUAUUUUUUUGAAAUUAUUUCAUCAUCUUCUUUUUUCUCUUCUUUUGUUUAUAUACUUAAUUCUGUUGAUAUAAUUAAUUUUAAAAUCUGUUGAUAUAAAAAGUUACAAAUUCAGAAUCUACAAAUAUCAAAUAACAAGAAAUAACAAUAUAAAUAAAGUAAACAGAAGCGUUUGCAUCCUAGAAAUUAAAGAAUUUGCGUUAAAUGAAUUUUUAAUCGGUGAAAAUAAUAAAAUUUGCACGUGUAUAAGCGUGCAAAUAGAAGAGGGCAUAUAUGUACGAAUUAUAAUCAUAGUAUCGAAUAGUAAACUGCGAAACUUGGAUUCGUAAUUUGUGCAUUUAAAACGAUAAAUUAAUCUAUUGGAUGUGAUCUGUCGAUCGGUGAUUACACACGUGCGCGUGCGUAUAUAUAUAUAUAUUUAUAUAUAUAUAUAUAUAUAUAUAUAUAUACAAAUAUGAUAUAUCAUAUUUGUAUAUGGAUGUAUAUACAUACAUAUAUAUACAUGUAUAUGUAUAUAUAUAUAUAUAUUUAUAUGUAUGUAUCUUUCUCUAUUUCUCUUUCUCUCUCUCUCUCUCUCUAUAUAUAUAUAUAUAUAUAUAUAUAUAUAUAUAUAUUUAUUAUAUAUAUAUAUAUAUAUAUGCAUACACGUGCUCUUAUACGUGUGUAAAUAAGCAUGCAUAUAUGUACAUACAAUUUAUGAUUCAAUCAAGAUCGACAAAUGGAUACCUAUUUUUAAUAGGGCAUUCCUAUCUGAAACUGCAACAGUGUUACGUUUUGUGUAUAAUAGUGUGUAUAUAUUAAUAUACGCAAUAAAUUUUGUGUAUAGUACAUAUAUGGAUAUAUAUAUAUAUAUAUAUAUAUGUAUAUAUAUAUAUAUAUAUAUAUGUGUGUGUGUAUGAGUGUGCAUUACACAUAAUAUUUGCAAAGAAUAUUCUGUUUGAUAUUAUCGAUUGUUGAACGUUGUUAUUUACUUUUUCUUCGAGGCACGCUGUACUUUACUGUAUAAAAUAAUUGUACUACUAUUACAAUGAUUAUAAUUGUACUAUUACAAAUUAAUUAUUAUGAUUGCCAACUCGUUCAUUAUCAUUGAUUGGUAAUUUUCGUUUAUCAUCAGUAUGAACGUACUGUUUCUCGUUAAUGAUUCUUGAUGAUAAAAUAUUAUUCUUGCCGUUGUUGCAGCCAUCGAUUAUCUCCAUCAUUGUCAUAUUUCUUAUUAUUAUUGCUAUAAUGAUUAUUAUUAUAGUUAUCAUUGCCGUCAUCAUUUUCAUCAUUAUCAUCAUCAUCAUCAUCGCCAUCACCACCAUCACCAUCACUAUCACUAUCAUUAUUACCAUCAUUAUCAUCGUCGUUGUCGUCGUCGUCAUCAUCGUCAUCAACGGCAGCAGCAGUAUCAACAUUAUCAUUAUUAUUAUUAUUAUUAUUAUUAUUAUUAUUAUAAUUACUAUUUUGCCGUUGUUGUAAACAUCAUCAUCACGAUAGUCACCAUUAUCAUUACCAUCACUACAUGUCACAUCGAUAUAAAUAAGAUUUUACUGGCAAUGAGUCUAUAUGCUCUUUAUUUACAUGCACAGAUAUGCAGGCAGGACAACACACACGCGUAUACAAACGCGCAUACACAUAGACACCAUAUAUCCAUUCUUUAUUCUCUAUUGUAUGUAAUAUUUUUAUUUUCUAUUAUUGAGCGGGAGGGCACAUAUUAAUUUCGAAAAAAUAAUAAUUGCGUAAAAUUCUUCCACGGAGCGUCGAAAGAAUUACGCUGAAAUUAUUUUUUGUAUCGAAUUAUAAAAGAAAAUGAGACGUUGAUUCCUUCGACCUCUUUAUGGGAAAUGUAAAAUGGUGCUCGUUCGUGGUGUACGUUCAAUUUCCCUCUUGUCCACGACGCUUCGGGGAAUGGUCGCGAACAAAUAAUAUAUUUAUAGUAUGUUAUGAAUUUAAUUUUUUCAGAUGAAACUAUAAGUGCGAGAGGCAAGGAAAUUUGCCUAGUUUUUAGCAUAAUUCUUGAACGAUAAAAAAGGUCAUUGAUAGUGUAAAAAUACAUCAAUAUUUAUUGUACAUAGAGUUAACAAAAAAAAAAACUACUAACAAAUAAAAACGAAUCAAAAAUAAA